GACUGUUCAUAUGGCUCUUUAAACAAAUCUAACAAUUUUGAGGUAAGAUUUGAAGUAUCCUCUCAACUCUAGAGUUACGAGCCCGAGGAUUUUGAGAAAAAAUGAUGAAAGUCUCUAGCACUGAUGAUUUUGAGGCAAGAGUUCCGGGAAGUUAUGACAGAAUGAGUGAAUUAAAAGCCUUUGAUGAUACUAAAGCUGGUGUCAAAGGAAUCGUUGAUGCUGGAAUAACUGAAGUGCCUCGGAUAUUCGUUCAGCCAACUAAAAUAGAGGAAUGUGUAAGAAAUUGUGAAACAAAGUUCAUUUUUCCAGUGAUAGAUCUUGAAGGCAUCGAUAAAGAUCCAAUAAAGCAUAAAGAGAUUGUAGACAGAGUUCGAGAUGCAUCGGAGACGUGGGGUUUCUUCCAAGUGGUUAAUCAUGGAAUUCCAUUAUCUGUCAUGGAAGAAAUGUUGCAAGGAACACGACGAUUCUUUGAGCAACAUGUUGAUAUCAAGAAACAAUAUUACACUCGAGAUAAUACCAAAAAAAUAGUUCAUGUUAGUAAUUUUGAUUUGUAUAGCCCUUCUGUUCCGGCUACGAAUUGGAGAGACUCAAUUUUCUGUUUAAUGGCUCCGAAUCAUCCUAGUCCAGAGGAAUUGCCAACAGCAUGCAGGGAAAUACUAAUGGAGUUCUCUAAUCAUGUCAUGACAUUGGGAAAAUCCUUGUUUGAAUUAUUGUCGGAGGGUUUAGGUCUUAAUCCAUCUCAUCUGAAUGAUAUUGAUUGCGCUGAGGGGCUCCGCGUUUUGGGACAUUAUUAUCCAGCAUGCCCUCAGCCAGAACUCACUAUAGGAACCAACAAACAUUCUGACAAUGAUUUUAUCACCGUGCUUCUACAAGAUCAAAUAGGAGGACUACAAGUACUUCACGAGACUCAGUGGAUUGAUGUUCCUCCUACACCUGGUGCUCUUGUCGUGAACAUUGGAGAUCUUCUGCAGCUCAUAUCAAAUGACAAGUACCUAAGUGUUGAGCAUAGAGUAUUGUCAAAUAAAGUUGGACCAAGAAUAUCAGUAGCUUGCUUCUUCUACACUGGUUCAUUGCCUACUACCAAGCUUUAUGGACCAAUUAAGGAGUUGUUGUCAGACGAUAGUCCUCCAAAAUAUCGCGCAACCACAGUGAAAGACUAUGCUGAUUACUUCCGUGAGAAAGGUCUAGAUGGAACUUCUGCAUUAUUGCAUUACAAGAUCCAGCCGUAGCUACGUAAUAACACAUUGGAAAGUAGGAUGAGAGAAUCUAUAUUGUGAUGUUCUAUAGUAAUAUAUAUCAUAAGCUACUUGCUUAAGUUUUUCAAGAGAAUAAACUCCGUUUCCUUGAGCUACUUAUCUUUAGUUUUAUUUGAAGAAUGAUUCUGUUUCUUGUUAAUCGCCUUUUU